AUGCACAGUCUGGUCACAAUUUCUGGUACUUUGCUCUCUACCAGGCCGGAUACAGUUCCAUCUCAUAGAGCUGUAUCUUCACCCCUUAAUCCACUCCCUCCUGCCAAGUAUGAUCCACCCCUUAGCAAACUGGUCAACUGUGUCCCUGAGAUUUCAGUCGCCAUGUCUGGUGGGCCAGUGAAGAGGUAG